AGAAAAAAAAAAAGAGAAGGAAAACGAAUAGAACCCAUCGCCCUUUUUUUUCUUCCGCCCUCCCCCUCUCUCUCUUCUCUCCUUUCUCAGGGAGUAUUAUCAUUGGAGAGAAAUGGGGAAUUGUUGUUCAAGGGGCAAAGAAGGAGACGCCUCCAAUGAAGAAAAGGAAGAAGGCACACAACAGCAGCAGGGUGGUAGCAACGGCGGAGGAGACGGAUCCAAGAUGGCACCACCGUCACCGGGCCCGCCUCACGCCUCCCCCAAGCCUUCCAAAAAUGCCCCCAUCGGCCCUGUACUAGGGAGGCCGAUGGAGGAUGUGAAAUCGACCUACUCCAUCGGGAAAGAGCUCGGGCGAGGCCAAUUUGGGGUGACCCAUUUGUGCACGCACAAGGCGAGUGGCGAGCAGUUGGCGUGCAAGACCAUCGCCAAGAGGAAGCUGGUGAACAAAGAGGACUUGGAGGACGUGAGAAGGGAGGUCCAGAUCAUGCACCAUCUGACCGGCCAACCCAACAUCGUUGAGCUCAAAGGGGCCUACGAGGACAAGCACUCGGUUCAUUUGGUCAUGGAGUUGUGCGCCGGCGGUGAGUUGUUUGAUCGGAUUAUUGCCAAGGGUCAUUACACGGAGCGAGCCGCGGCUUCUUUGUUGAGGACCAUUGUUCAGAUCGUGUACACAUGUCAUUCCAUGGGUGUCAUUCAUAGAGAUCUUAAGCCCGAGAAUUUCCUCCUCCUUAGCAAGGAUGAGAGCUCUCCACUUAAGGCCACCGAUUUCGGGUUGUCUGUGUUUUAUAAACCAGUUUGUAUUUACGCAGGGGAAGUGUUCAAGGACAUUGUUGGAAGUGCAUAUUACAUAGCACCAGAAGUGUUGAAGAGGAAAUAUGGGCCAGAAGCCGAUAUAUGGAGCGUUGGGGUCAUGUUAUACAUUCUUCUAUGUGGUGUUCCUCCUUUUUGGGCCGAAUCUGAGCACGGAAUAUUCAACGCAAUUCUACGUGGUCAUGUUGAUUUCACGAGUGAUCCAUGGCCUUCAAUUUCACCACCAGCCAAGGACCUUGUUCGAAAAAUGCUCAACUCGGAUCCUAAACAGAGGCUUACAGCUUCUCAAGUACUAAAUCAUCCAUGGAUCCAAGUGGAUGGAGAAGCACCUGACAUUCCUCUUGACAAUGCCGUGUUGGGUAGACUCAAGCAAUUUAAAGCCAUGAACAAGUUCAAGAAAGUUGCUCUAAGGGUUAUUGCUGGGUGCUUAUCAGAGGAAGAAAUCAUGGGACUAAAAGAGAUGUUCAAGGGCAUGGACACAGACAACAGCGGCACGAUAACCCUCGAGGAACUCAAACAAGGGCUCGCUAAGCAAGGGACCAAGCUUUCCGAAGCUGAAGUCAAACAAUUAAUGGAAGCAGCUGAUGCGGAUGGGAAUGGAACCAUUGACUACGAUGAGUUCAUCACAGCCACAAUGCAUCUGAACAGGAUGGACAGAGAAGAACAUCUCUACACUGCUUUCCAACAUUUCGACAAAGACAAUAGCGGCUAUAUUACUACGGAAGAGCUUCAGCAAGCUCUCAUCGAGUUUGGUAUCAAUGAUGACAAAGAGCUCAAGGACAUCCUGUCUGAGGUUGAUAGUGAUAAUGAUGGCCGAAUAAACUAUGAUGAAUUUGUUGCAAUGAUGAGAAAAGGGAACCCAGAAGCUAACCCAAAGAAGAGGCGUGAUACGGUGUUUACUUAAUUGAUGAUUUCGUUAUGUCUAUGAUAGUUAAUUAAUGAUCCUGAUAUGACUUGUGAAGAGUCCAACCUAAGGAUUAAUCAUCUUUUGGAUCAAGUUAGUUUGUGAAAAGGAACUUAAUUUGUUGGUGGUAAGAGAAAUAUUAGACAAAAGAAAAAUGUGCAUGGGCAACAAACGAAGGAUUAUACGACCGAUAUUUUUGUGUGUAUUACUACUUCUGUUUGUGUGUGGUGUGCAAUGAGAGGGUAGGAAGGGAAAGGUUGUUGUUCAUGUAUAAAUGUUAUAUAUAUCCAUCUUUGUAAGUAGAAAAAGAUUGGUGAAGUGUUUAGUGGUGGUCUUAAGGGCUUGACUGAAAGUUUGAUGGAUUUUCUGUGAACAAAUUUUUGGGUAUGUUCUUUGUUUGUUGUUG